AUGGCGCCCCGCCAGGUCCUCGCUUUCGGGCUCCUGGUCGCCGCGGCGACGGCGGCGGUGGCCGCUGCCCAGGAAGGAUGUGUGUGUGAAAACUACAAACUGACCACAAACUGCUCUGUGAACGCGCUCGGUCAGUGCCAGUGUACUUCAGUUGGUACUCACCAUUCCGUCAUUUGCACAAAAUUGGCUACUAAAUGCUUGGUGAUGAAGGCAGAAAUGAGUCGCUCAAAGUCCGGGAGAAGAGGGAAACCAGAGGGCGCCAUCCAGAAUAAUGACGGGCUCUAUGAUCCCGAGUGUGACGACAAAGGGCUCUUUAAAGCCAAGCAGUGCAACGGCACCUCCACGUGCUGGUGUGUGAACACUGCUGGGGUCAGAAGAACUGAUAAGGACAGUGAAAUCUCCUGCUCCGAGCCAGUGAGGACCUACUGGAUCAUCAUUGAACUAAAACACAAAACAAGGGAAAAACCUUAUGAUCUUCAAAGUUUGCAGUCUGCACUCAAGGAGGUAAUCACAAAUCGUUAUCAACUGGAUCCAAAAUAUAUCACAAAUAUUCUGUAUGAGAAUGAUGUUAUCACUAUUGAUCUGGUACAAAAUUCUUCUCAGAAAACUCAGAAUGAUGUGGAUAUUGCUGAUGUGGCUUAUUAUUUUGAAAAAGAUGUUAAAGAUGAAUCCUUGUUCCAUUCCAAAAGGAUGGACCUGAAAGUAAAUGGGGAACUACUGGAUCUGGAUCCUGGUCGAACUUCAAUUUACUAUGUUGAUGAGAAACCACCUGAAUUUUCCAUGCAGGGUCUACAAGCUGGUAUUAUUGCCGUCAUUGUGGUUGUGGUAGUAGCAGUUAUUGCUGGAAUCAUUGUGCUGGUUGUGUCCAGAAAGAAAAGCAUGACAAAGUAUGAGAAAGCUGAGAUAAAGGAGAUGGGUGAGAUGCAUAGGGAACUCAAUGCAUAA